GCUCCCUUCUCUUCUUUCCUCUCAGCUCAUUGUGAGAUGUCUUGAAGACCUAGCAAAAGAUGGCAAGAUUACAGAGAAGGUGUAUGGAAAGCAGAAGGUCUAUGUUGCAGAUCAGAGUCAGUUUCCAAGUGUCGAUGAGAAGGAACUGAGAGCUAUGGACACAAAGAUCACCGAACUAACAGCAAGUUUAGAAACUUCCAAGACAAAGUGUAAAGAAAAGGAGAGAGAGAUUGCAAUGCUGAAUAGCUCAUUAACCAAUGAGGAAGCUAAACAAAGGUUACAAGAACUCACAACAAUGUGUGCCAAAAAGCAAAGUCGUGUCAGUCAGAUCAGAUCAGCAGGUAGCCAUAUAAGUGUUGAACAGAAGAAAACUGUGUAUGAGAAUCAUCAAACCACCGUCAAGGCAUGGAGGAAACGAAAGAGGAUGGCCAUGGACAUCAUUGAUGCUAUUCUAGAGGGUUAUCCUAAAAGCAAGAAACAGUUGCUGGAAGAGGUUGGUGUAGAAACUGAUGAAGAAUGCAAUGUCAAGAUACCCCAGACAAAAUGAAUAUGGAACCCUAAAGAUUUUUAUUCAACUCAACCUUAAUGACAGAAGCUCUGAAUUUACUCCCACAAUGCCCUAUUUUUUUCCCAUUAAUAUUUGGUGGCAUUGGCAUUUAUUCUACCAAAGAAAACUCUAUCUCUGGCAUUAAUGGCGUUUAUUAGUCAAUAAAAUACAUGCUAACAUGU